AUGGCCCACUCCAACGGGCUGCGUCCGCCCUCCCUCGUCCCCUCGGUGCCACCAUCACCAGCCGGUACCCGAUCCCGCCGCAGUUCGGCGACGUCGUUUUCAGUAACCUCGCCCGUCGAUAGGGAGCAGAUCGCGCUCACGCUCGACAAAAUUCAUACCUCAGCUAGCCAGUCAGACGCUCUGACCACAUUCAACGAUUUCGGUCCUCCACCCGACUCGCUACCUACCUCCGAAAGCAAAUCGACCGCCGGGGAUAUCGUCCAGCAGGGCCUGAGUGGCCUGUAUUCCCGCUUCAAGGAGGCUGUUGGCGCCAAGGGCAAGGCUCCUGCUCAAGAAGCAGACGAUGCUAACAGUCAGGAUGGAGCCUCUUCCAAGAAGACUACGGGUGCGCCUCCAAGUACUACAAAAUUGUCGCCGCUGCCCAGGGGGGAAAGUGGUGUUUCGAUUCCAACCAUGGAGCCGGCUACCUCCUCGGAUGUUCAAACCCCAAGUAUAUCCUCUCCUGGGGCUCCGGCCACCGAGUCGCAACCAAACACAGCCCCGCAAUCCUCCAAAGCGUCGUCGACUUCGAUAGCUGCAGCCCUCAAGUCUCCCGCCAUAAGUACCCAGAGUUUACCAAAAAUGGCAAAGACUGCAGUCCCAUCCGCUGCGAACGCAUCUAUAGCACCGGUCACUGUGCAGGGUUUCAUGGAUACGGAGGGGACUCGGGGCGUCACGACCCGUGAGGAGCUGCCCACUAGAACUACAGGUCGUAGAAGUAUAAGCAGGCCGGACGACGGGAUACCAAGUCCCAGUCCGUCGGGAAAUGCAAGUUUGGACAGCGUAACCACCGUUGAUCGACUCGUACUUUCAAAGCGAGCAACAAGAGAUGAUGCUCUCAGCAUCGACGGGAGCACGGAUGCGCCGCAUAGCCCCGUUCCACCGGUGGUCGAAGCCCGUGUGUCCUCCACUUCGUCACGCAUCUCGCCUGCGGAGGCCAUGCGAAAACCGGCGGUAAUAGACCGAAUUACCUCCACCAGGGGUAGAAGCCACUCGAGAUCAUCGUCCUUGGAACCUGGUGCCGCUCCAAGCCCGAUCAGCACCUCAGCUCACAGCUCAGUGUAUCAUGACUCAUUUACCCACAACGAGCGGCCGCAGAUGCUGCAGUCGGGCAUCAUGAGGAUCCCGGGCACAACCACAAAUGAAGGAGCUCCCGACGUUGUGAACGCUAGGCUAGAAAGAAUGAAGAAACAGGUGUUGAGUAAGGAGUUCUGGAUGGCUGAUGAGACAUGCAAAGAAUGUUUCCUUUGCGGUACGCCUUUUACUGCGUUUCGGAGAAAGCACCACUGCCGCACGUGCGGCUGCAUCUUUGACUCGAAGUGCACCUCCAACAUCUCAGGGCAAAAGUUUGGGGUCCCAGGGACCCUCCGGGUCUGCAAAACCUGUUUAAACGUCAUCAACCGCCGCUAUGAUAGUGGCUCAGACGACUCGGCUGACGAAUCUUAUCUCCCUGCAAUCUUCCGCACGAACCAGCAGAUGAAAACGACCCCCGCGGUGACUAGGCUUCGAACGGACGAUGAGAUGAGCAUUUCAGAGCGGGCUGAGCAGACCGAGGACGGGAGGACUGCAACAACCCCCAUGAUGGCUAUUCCAGCAACGCGACGGUUGGGGGAAAACAAUCGCCAUUCCGCUGUUCUGGAGAUCGACAUGCCACAACUGAGCAGACCUGGUUCAUCAAGGUCCUUGAAAUCACUUGCGACUAACCGACCACAGUCUGCGGGACACCGCCGGCAUCACUCCAAGCAGAAUUUCCUAUCCAGGCUGAAGGCAUCGCCGGACGACAGAGCCCCUUUUCGGGCCCCCGCAAAUGAAGAGCUAGGGAAAAAGGCCAAUGUUAAUGCAUUCCAUGCCGAUAACAUUAUCGACCCAGAGCUGGCAGAUUACAUGUCUGAUGAGUCCAGCGAAGACGAGCAGAUGAGCAGCAUCUUUGCCACCAUGGAUGGAACUGACUUCCCAUCGUCCAGUCUGGAUCCCGGCCGGGCAAGCUUUGGUACGUAUUUGACCGCAGGUCGGAAGCAUCGUUUUCGCCAGGGCGAGAAGAGCGUCAGCGGCUUGAGCCAUGCGAGUCGCGGUUUUGAAGAGGGUGGCAGCGGCUUGCAGAACUUAUCCAUUCACACCCGGCCACCUCGUCGAAGGAACCUCAGCAUUGCCAGCGCCAGCGUCCACCACUUGCGCACUCCACGCCCAAAAUCAGCCGUGAUAAAAGGGCCUUCCGCCUCGGCCGAUACCCUUUCCAUCUUCGACAGCGUCAUUGAGGCGCCGACUCAGAAUCGAACUGAAUCUGAACGAGAGGCAAGGUCCGCCGAACACGAUCUGAAUCCUACCAGUUUGCAGCAUGUCAAAAAGCUCUUUCGACAGCUGCUCCAGGAUGCCGACAUUCCCAAUCCUGCCGGUUGGGAAAAAACCUUGAUUCCCAUCCUGGACCGGUGUGCCGACGACGUCGACCCGGACAUUCGAAACGGCGAUGACAUGGAUAUCCGGCAUUGGGUGAAACUCAAACGAAUCCCCGGUGGCAAGCCGAGUGACACGGCUUACGUGCACGGCGUUGUCUUCACCAAAAAUCUGGCUUUGAAAAGCAUGCCGCGCAAGAUCCGUAAUCCGAGGAUAGUCAUUAUCACCUUCCCUCUCGAGUACCAACGCCACCCCCAGCAGCAUUUUAUGAGCUUGCAGCCGGUAAUCGAGCAGGAGAAAGAAUAUUUGCGAAUGGUUGUCAACCGGAUUCUCAACUUGGAACCCCAUGUGCUGCUCGUGGAAAAGAGCGUUGCCGGACUUGCGCUCCAGUACCUCUCCGAGGCAAACGUUGCUGUCGCCUACAACGUCAAGCCGUCAGUGCUUGAAGCCGUGGCACGCAUUGUGAACAUGCCCGUCAUUUCAUCCAUGGACAUGCUCAGCCUAGGCGCCCGCGUGGGUAUGAGCGAGAGUUUCGAGGUCAAGACAUUUGUGAACAGUGAGAUUCGCGGCAAAAAGAAAACCUACCUCUUCAUAUCCGGGUGCCCCAAAGAUCGCGGUUGUACCAUUGCGCUUCGUGGUGCAUCAACCGAGAUCCUGUCGCGGAUGAAGCGCAUUACCGAGUUCAUGCUCUACGUCAUUUACAACUCAAAAUUAGAGUCUUGCCUCAUGCGCGACGAGUUCAUUCGGCUUCCUUCGGAUCCUGGGCAGCCUCUACUGCCAGCUUUGCCAUCGGAGCAGACGGAUGAAAGCUUCCCAGCGCCGGUUGCUGAAGGAAUGACAGGCGUCCCCACCGACCGCCCUGCUAUUCUCGUCACGCGGCAAAGUACAGCAGAAGAUGGGGGUAUUUUGCAGGAUAACGAACCAACACCUGUCGCUGCCGAUAAAGAAGAACCAGCCCACGUCGAACCAGCUGCUCAGCCGGCUCUGGAAACUCAACAAGGGACGGUAUCCAUGCAUGAGCUACAUGCACAUGGGGAGAUUCCUGAUGAUAUUCCCAUGCCCGGCUUCCACGGUGACACAGUGGAAAGGUAUGAGACGAGGAUUUUGUCGGCCUCCCCAUUCGUCAAAUUCAAGCAACCCUACUUGCUCUUGAAGGCACGAGAGCAAGAGCGGCGUGCGGCAUACCUGAAACGGCUUCUUGAGCAGGAACGCCCGGAGGCGUUUGAAGAGAGCGAAAAGGGGGAGCCGGAGCCCUUUCAGCUCGUUCAGCCUGAGAUGGUGCGGGGGAUUGAACAAGUGGCUCCACGAAAGGUCAUGGAGGUGCUCCAUGCCGUCCAUGAUGCCGAAUACGACAAGGCGAUGCACAGUUACAGGACCCAGGCGAAGCAGUGGGAAGCGUACAUUCACGGGAGCCUCGAUCUCUUCGACCCCCAUUCCCACCAGAAUAUUGUGGUCCUGUACUCUGUCACGUGCACCGCGACCAAGAUUCCCUGCUCGGAGCCCAGUUUAGUCGCCAUUGAGUUUUAUAACGAGCAUCCGGAUCCCAACGGGAAUAUGGACCAAGACUGCACUUUGGGCCAAUACAUCGAGGAUGUGUGCGAGGGUGCUGAAUUUAUCUGCCACUCCAACGGCUGCGACCGGAAGAUGUAUGAACACCAUCGCACCUACGUCCACGACAACGCGCGUCUUACUGUCAUACUGGAAACCUCCCCGGUGUGGCCCGAGAACUUCCCCGCCAAACCGCAGGAGAGGGACGGUGACAACGACGGAACGGGCAUCCGCAUGUGGAAUUACUGCAAGCAUUGCAACAAGCAUUUCGGCCUCAUGCCCAUGUCCAUGAGCACUUGGAAGUACUCAUUUGGCAAGUACCUCGAGCUUUCAUUCUGGGGCAGUGGGCUCCCGCUGAACCCAGAAACCGAGUGUCCUCACGACCACCAAAAGGACCACAUCCGGUUUUUCUAUUACCUGUACCGCGACAUCGCGGUGAGGGUGCAUUAUGAUCCCAUUGAUCUCUAUGAGAUCGUUGUGCCGCGGACGACGAUCACCUGGAAGGUGGACUACGAUCUCAAGGUCAAGAACGAGGUCUUCACCCGGGCCGAAGACCGCUGGAACCGCUUCAUGAAUUCUGUUGGGGCUCGACUUAAGAGCAUCCGGAUCGACAGCGUGCUCCCGGAAAAGGCGGAGGCUUGCAAAGUCGAGGUGGAAAGGCUCAGCAAAAAAUCACAGGAGGACCAAAACGAGUUGGUCCGCGCCCUUCAGGAUGCGUACAUGGGCUCCAGGUACUACGAAGUAAUUCCCUUCAACACCGUCAUUCGCCAGAUGCUAGAAAAGGUGACGGACUGGGAUGCCGCAUUUGCCACCUUCGAGGCCGACUUCCUUUCCGACAAGGACGUCCGUCAGUUGACCAUCAUCCAACUCAAGAAGAUGUUUACAGACCACGAGUCUAAAGAGUCUCUCCCGGGCACCGAGGGAACUCCGUCGAUUGCUUCUGAAUCUGAAGAAAAGACGGCAUCUACCGCGUCUCCACCUAGUACAGCUGAGACUAGCGAGAAACCGUCACAAGAUCUGGAAGCCGAUGCCAGUCAGUCACAAGAGGCGCCCCCAUCUCCAACCCCGCAGCCCAUCCCAGCGCCGAAGGAGGGUGCUGCCGCAGCCGAAACAGAAACGGUCCUGGAUAGGGUUGAACCGCUGGACCUGGCAACCGCUGGCACGACAAAUGUUGCAAAGGACAUUGUUAUGCCGGCCACGGAAGACAACCUCCCAAACACCAAACCCCUUAACGGUUUGCCGUCCAACUCGGCCACUACUUCCACUUCUACGGGCUCUUCUGUGGCACAAACGAGCAUCCCAGUACCGACGGCAACCACUGGCCAUAUGUCAUUAUCGGAAAAAGUAGAGCAGCUCCGUCGCGAGCAGCGGGCACUGUCCAACGACCCCAGAGGGUCGGGUUCUUCCAAUGGCGAGAACUUGCCCAGCACCCCUAAGCACACAGCAGAUCGUGCCUUGUCUAGGAGAGCCGGCGCAGCUGUGUCGCCUCCGAUGGUUCGGGCCAUUUCUCACCCCCCGGGGGGCACUCUUCCAAGGGCACAAACCGCCAUUGGCAAGCUCCUGAAAGAGCAGAAAGCCCAGGAUAUGGGGGGAGGUGAGCUGCAGAAGGCGGCGACAGAAAACAUCUUGGUGAAGGGAGAAAAGAAGUUCACCGACCGUCUUGGGCUCGGGGUCUUGAAAGGCCAUCGUAAGGCGGUGCCUUCCGGGAUUCCCCGGUACGUUCACAAGAAGGAAUCGAAGGUAUCAACACUGGCAAAACAUUUCGAGCAACUGAGUCGGGAAUUUGAGAAGGAGAGGUUGAAAGACCGCAAGCAACGGGCGGCCAAGAUGCACCACAGCCGAGCGUUCCUCCCCCGGUCUUCGACCAAGACCAUAGUGAAGGUCUACAAAGACGUGGACCAGGCUGUGGAAGAGCCCGGGCCGCUAGAAGAUGAGCACCUCCCAGACAAAGAACGGGGCGACAAGCAAGGCGAAAAAGCGGCAGCGGUAGCUGUGGCGGUUUACAGUCCAUUGCCCGGAUCGCAGCGGGCCAAGGCACCCGCAACAGCGCCCGACUCUUCACAGAAGGUUCCCUCCGAGCCGGAACGUUCGGGAGACAAUACCACCCAACCGGAGACGGAAGAGAGCCGUCAAGAGAGCCGAAUCCCGUCUGAGGAUGAAACCGGGGAGAGUGACGCCGACAAUGACAACGACAACGACAGCCCUGCUCUUACCCUAGAUGACAUCCUCCCGGGUGUCAAGGAGAUUGCCGAUUCUCUGGUGGAACCUGAAGAGAUCCCAGAGGACCUGCCGAAGCACCAAAAGAAGAGCCUGAUGACGAUGUUGACAAAUUUUUGGGCCGAGCGCUCGGCUAGCGGUUGGCCGCAACUGGAGUACCCCAUCAACGCGACCGACCACAUCUUUUUCGAUUCGGAUGUGAUUAUCAGAGAGGAUGAGCCAAGUUCCCUUGUGGCGUUCGCCCUCAGCUCCGAGGACUACUUGGCCAAGCUGUCGGAAAUCCGGCAGAAAUGGGAAAUGUCGGUUCAGUCAGAGACGGAGGACAGCAGCGAUGGUCUGGAGAUGAAACGGCCCGAGGCGCCCACCGGCAAGGGGGCAAGGGCCGCACAAUACAAUACUGAGCUGGAGAAGAGUUUGCUCAGACCGACGGGCAUGCAUGUCAAGUACCAGUUUACGGAAGGGUCGGCUAGGAUGACGUGUCAGAUCUUCUACGCGGAGCAGUUCGACGCACUGCGGCGGAAAUGCGGCGUAGCCGACCGCUUUGUCGAGUCGCUCUCCCGCUGUCUCAAGUGGGAUUCCAAGGGUGGCAAGACCAAAUCUGUGUUCCUCAAGACGCUCGACGAGCGCUUCAUUCUCAAGUCCCUCUCGCCCAGCGAGACCUCGUCCUUCCUCCGGUUCGCCCCGGACUACUUCAACAUCAUGUCGGAGGCGCUCUUCCACGACCUUCCGUCGGUCAUCGCCAAGAUGUUUGGUUUUUUCCGCGUCUUCAUCAAAAACCCCCUCACCAACACGGAGAUCAAGCUUGACCUCCUGGUCAUGGAAAACCUCUUCUACGACCGGUGCCCGAGCCGGACGUUCGAUCUCAAGGGGUCGAUGCGCAACCGCAAGAUCCAGUCGACAGGCGAGCAAAACGAAGUGUUGUUGGACGAGAACAUGGUGGAAUACAUUUACGAGUCACCCCUCUUCUCGCGCGAGCACUCCAAGCGACUGCUGCGCGCGUCGGUGUUCAACGACACGUUGUUUUUGGCGAAGCAGAAUGUCAUGGACUACUCGCUUAUGGUGGCCGUCGACGAGGUGAAGAAGGAGAUCUCGGUGGGUAUUAUCGAUUGUAUCCGGACUUAUACAUGGGACAAGCAGUUGGAGAGUUGGAUCAAGAAUCGUGGGUUUGCUGGCGGUGGACGGAACCGGCCGACUGUGACGAGUCCGAGAGAGUAUAAGAGUCGGUUCAGGGAGGCUAUGGCGAGGUACAUCCUGCAAUCACCCAAUUGCUGGCACACUUUUGGGAACCGACAUUCUCCCAACACGCCGAGACCUAGGUUUGAGGAGGACAACUAUGUGGAUCGUAUAGAAGGGUAA